GGAAAGUGUGGCUUCAUCACCCGAGGCCUUCUGAUCCAUUGAUUCAUCUCGCUCUGCGGCGAGUGUUCUGUGGGAUCUUUACUGAGGGCUGUGCAUGAGCCCCGUGCUGCCCCUGUUGCUGUCGGCGUUCGUAUCCAUCCCAGGCUGUCAGCAUCGCCACUUCAACCCUGCCAGAUCCCAACUGGCAUCAUCUCUGCCUUGGCGUGUGUCGGAUCUAGUGAGGAUGGGCCGCAAGGAGGAGCUGGAUUCCAUCAUCAAGUUCCUGCAGAUAUGCGGCAAACUCAAGGUAGGUGAGCGGACCAAGCUUGAACGAUGAGACAACAGCAGGCAAGACAAGACAUUCGCUUGGGAUGUGACGAUUGCUGUUGUCGUGCACUGCAGCGGGUGAAGCGGACUGGGUGGGUCAGAGCUGGCGUCGAGCAACGUGACCAGACACACAAAGACACAUGAAUGAAGGGUCGUCUUGAUCGUUGGUUGCUUCCUGUGUGUGUGUGUGUUUGGUCUUCUCUCAGCUGAGUCGGUGGCCGAGCACAUGUACCGGAUGGCGAUGGCGUGUUUCCUGUUGCCGACAGCCACAGCAGACAGAAACAAGUAAGGUGCAGACAUGUCUGCAGUAUGGUGGUACCGUACCUCGCUUGCACCUGACGUAGGUACCGCCAUGCACACACGACACGUCUGUGUUGUGCGUGUGCUACGGCCUGUCGGUCAGGUGUGUCAAGAUGGCAUUGGUCCACGACCUGGCAGAGUGGAGCGUCGGUGAGAAUUACACACAUUGCAUCACCUCCAUGCACACACACAUGUGCCCGCCCACACAGGCGCUGCUGUGACCUUGCUUGCUGUGGUGUGCAGGUGACAUCACGCCCUUCUGCGGCGUACCGAAGGAAGAGAAGAGCCGACGGGAGAAGGUGGGUACGAUGGGUGGGCAUUCAACCAGACCAGACAGAAAGGCUGCACACAUAUAUAAUGCUGCACUCACUGCAUGUUGGUUGUAUGGUGUUUGCCAUCCCAUCCGUGUGUGCAGGCUGCGAUGGCUGAGGUGCGUGACCUGGUCGGGGGCGAUGCGGGUGAGUGAGCCACCCACCACAGCACAAGGAAGGAAGCACACAUAGUGGUGGGGUGCCCGCCGCUUUUCGUGUCGCGUCUGUCAGGGCAGGAAAUCUUCGACCUGUGGCUAGAAUAUGAAAUGGGUGGGCAGGCGAGAGACUCAGCCAAAACACGCGUAAUUCGUGUGUCUUUAUGUGGGCCGUGUGUGUAACAUCCAUCCGUCGUGUGUCAGGUACGAGUGAGGAGGCCCGCUUCGUGCGGGACAUCGACAAGUUCGAAAUGGUGCUACAGGCAUUCGAAUACGAAACAGGUGCGGUGUACGCAGACAGACAGAGAGGGAGGGAGUGGGAGCGGGGAGCGAGUGCCGCAUCGACACAUACCAACCUGUGUGCCGACAUACCUGUGCUCACGAACAGAGCAAAAGCUCGAGCUGCCAUCUUUCUACGAUACCACCAGGUGACAGCAUGCAUGUCGGCAAGAGAGAAUUUCCACCUCACCUUCCUUGCCGCAUGUGGCGCGUGUGUGUGCGCAGAGGUGUGUUCAAGACAGAUCUCUUCAGAUCCCUCGACCAGCACGUCCGCGACAUGCGUGACACGGCACCACGGACAUCCUGAGCGCCACGGUGGUCUGAGCCGAUAGGCGGAGGGAGGGCGGGGAAGAUGAUGUUGGUGUGGUGUGGUGUGAGGGGCCGGUCCUGCGCGGCUGAAUGAAUUGGAUGGCGUGGGUCGUCUUCGGAGAGGGGGGACGGGCGAGAGUGGAGUGAGUGGAUGUGUAGAUACGCGCGCUGCAGCCCAUUUUGCCGGUGGGGACGGGGCGUGCAUCAUGAUGACAUUGCCGAGACUGCCAACUAGGUUUUUCGUGUGACUGAG